AUGGGGUGGUGCGGCCGCGGCUCCGGGCCGCCGCCGUCGCGGCUGCUGAUGCUGCUGUCGCUGCUGUUGGCGGUGUGUGGCGCUGGCGCGGCCCCGCGCUCGGCGCUCUACUCGUCCUCCGACCCGCUGACGCUGCUGCGGGCGGACACGGUGCGCCGCACGGUGCUGGGCUCCCGCAGCGCCUGGGCGGUGGAGUUCUUCGCCUCCUGGUGCGGCCACUGCAUCGCCUUCGCCCCGACGUGGAAGGCACUGGCCAACGACGUUAAAGAUUGGAGGCCGGCACUGAAUCUCGCUGCCCUGGACUGUGCUGAGGAGACCAACAGCGCAGUUUGCAGAGAUUUCAACAUCCCUGGCUUCCCAACCGUGAGGUUCUUUAAGGCCUUCUCCAAGACCGGCUCAGGAACCACGCUGUCAGUGGCUGGAGCUGAUGUGCAGACGCUGCGGGAGAGGCUCAUCGAUGCGCUGGAGUCCCACAGUGACACGUGGCCCCCGGCCUGUCCCCCACUGGAGCCUGCCAGGCUAGAGGAGAUUACUGGAUUCUUUGCAAGAAACAAUGAAGAGUACCUGGCCCUGAUCUUUGAAAAGGAAGGCUCCUACCUGGGUAGAGAGGUGACAUUGGACCUGUCGCAGCACCAGGGCAUAGCGGUGCGCAGGGUCCUGAACACGGAGCGUGAUGUGGUGAACAAGUUUGGUGUCACCAGCUUCCCAUCUUGCUACCUGCUGUCUCGGAACGGCUCCUUCUCCCGGGUCCCUGCGCUUACAGAAUCCAGGUCUUUCUACACCACUUACCUGCGGAAGUUUUCCGGGAGCACCAGGGGGGCUGUCCAGACCACAGCUGCGCCAGCCACCACCAGCCUGGUAGCUCCCACCGUGUGGAAAAUUGCAGAUCGCUCCAAGAUCUACAUGGCUGACCUGGAAUCCGCACUGCACUACAUCCUCCGGAUAGAAGUGGGCAAGUUCUCCGUCCUGGAGGGGCAGCGCCUGAUAGCCCUGAAAAAGUUCAUGGCAGUGCUGGCCCAGUACUUCCGCGGCCGGCCCUUAGUCCAGAACUUCUUGCACUCCAUGAACAACUGGCUCAAGAAGCAGCAGAGAAAGAAAAUUCCCUAUGGUUUCUUUAAAAAUGCGCUGGACAGCAGGAAGGAGGGCACUGUGAUCGCGGAGAAGGUGAACUGGGUGGGCUGCCAGGGGAGUGAGCCGCAUUUCCGAGGCUUUCCCUGCUCCCUGUGGAUCCUGUUCCACUUCCUGACCGUGCAGGCAGCUCAGGAAGGCGUAGACCACUCUCAGGAAACAGCCAAGGCCCAGGAGGUCCUCCAGGCCAUCCGGGGCUACGUCCGCUUCUUCUUUGGCUGCCGAGAGUGCGCUGGCCACUUUGAGCAGAUGGCUGCUGGCUCCAUGCACCGGGUCGGGAGUCUGAACAGUGCGGUCCUUUGGUUCUGGUCCAGCCACAACAAGGUCAAUGCUCGCCUUGCAGGUGCCCCCAGUGAGGACCCCCAGUUCCCCAAGGUGCAGUGGCCGCCCCGCGAGCUCUGUUCCGCCUGCCACAAUGAACUCCGGGGCGCGCCUGUGUGGGACCUGGACAACACCCUCAACUUCUUGAAGACCCACUUCUCCCCAAGCAACAUCAUCCUAGACCUUCCUUCAGCUGGGCCGGGCCCCCGGAGGGGUGCACAGAGGAUGACAGUCAUCCCCAAACAGGUGGAACUGGAGCUGGCAACCAGAAAUUUUACCCUGGCCCCUGAGAAGGCUGAGAUCCCCGUGGGCUCAGGGAUAAAGGCCCCUGGAGCCACCAUGCUAGUGGCUGGACUUGGGGCAAAUCACCCCAAGAUGCAGGCUGGCCUCGGUGCGGCCACAGAUGAGCCGGACCCGGGAGCUCCUGAGCAAGUAGUGGAGCUUCACAGGGAUAAGUCGGAGCAGCCAGAGGGGGAGCAGCGCUUGAGCAGGAGAGACACAGGAGCCGUGUUGUUGGCCGAGUUCCUGGCUGGGAGGAACCUCCCCGGAGGCCCUUCGGAGCUGGGGCGAAUGGGCCACAGCUCCCAGCAGCUGGCGGGCAUCCCUGACAGGGAGCCUGAGGCUGGGGCUGGGCAGGGCCAGGGCCAGUGGCUGCAGGUGCUGGGCGGGAACUUCUCCCACCUGGACAUUAGCCUCUGCGUGGGGCUCUACUCCCUGUCCUUCAUGGGCCUGCUGGCCGUGUACACCUAUUUCCGGGCCAGGAUAAAGGCUCUGAAGGGCUAUGCCAGCCUCCCUGCCGCCUGA